GAUGUGCAUUUGCCGUUUGCCCGCCUCGGUGGCCGCGGCACCGCCACCGAGAGUGGGAAGAAGAAUAUUUUUCAGAAAAUUUUGUGGAAGAAUUUUACAGAAAAAUUUGUGGGCCAUGGAUGAAAAAUUCAUGGGCCCCGACGAUUCCGAGCAUCUCUCACAGGCUCUGUUAUCCAUUUACCCCCCGCUAUUUUCGUGGGGUACCUCAUUUCUCUGGAUUGACUUCAUCUUUUUUUCUAUUUUGUGUAUUUUUCUGUCUGUGUCAGUGGCUGGCGUGCCCUCAUUCGGCGUUCUGUCAGCCGUAGGUUUCAGUCAUCGUGUGCUGUGAGCGGGCGGGCGCCAUUGUAUGUGGAGAUGAAAUUAUUAUUUGGCUUCGGAAAUGAUGUGAAGACUAUUGUGUGUGGAAGACGUGACUUUCGGUUUUGUUUUUCUCAGAUUGUUCAUUUAUUGGUCCGUUUUUUUGAUGGAGGAGAUGAUUAGGGUUUAGAAUCUUGGCGCAUACUGCAGACGAACAGAAGAGUGAAACAGGAAGAUUACAUAUUUUUAUGCAGGUAAAUGGAAAUUCAAGGCUGGAAAUGAAAGAGCGGGAGAGGUGGCGGCCUGAGGAAGACUCUCUCUUAGCCGCCUACGUGAAGAAAUACGGGGCAGGGGAAUGGCAUCUGGUAUGCCAGAGAAUGAAUAAGGUUCUGGACAGAGACGCCAAAUCCUGUCAGGAGAGGUGGAAGAAUUACUUGAAGCCUGGAAUUAAAAAGGGAUCUUUAUCAGAAGAAGAGCAGCGUCUCGUCAUAAGUCUGCAAACGAAAUACGGCAACAAGUGGAAGAAGAUUGCGGCUCAAGUGCCUGGAAGAACUGCAAAGAGGCUCGGGAAAUGGUGGGAAAUUUACAAAGAAAAGCAGCAGAAGACAGAAACAGAGACAGAGGAGCCUGUGCGCUGCUCUGAUCCAGUCAUCCAAGGUAACAAAUAUGAUCAUAUUCUCGAAACAUUUGCAGAAAAAUUCAUGCAAAAUCAAAAGCAGCUCGGAUUUCCGCAUAAUUUUAGUUUACCGCCAAUUACAGUAGCAAUGCCUCCUCCGCUUUGCCUAAAUUUACCAUCAAAUUCUGUUCCUGUUCGUGAUUUCUUUAAUACGGCUCUAUCUGUACCUACACCAAUUGCUUCUUCAUCAGCUGGACCAGCAUCUUCUCAUCCUCCAUGGAUUCCAACUGAGAAAACUUCUUCAGUUAGCUGUUCCUACACAUCAUCAGAAUACUCUGCAAGUCCCUCGUCCUCGUCACCCUCUGUGACUCUCUCUCUUUCUCCAUCCAUGACCAGUCAUGCUGUUUCAAACACUGCUCAGAAAAAUGCUGCAAACGAAAUUCCAGAAGCUUCUACCAGGGAAAAAAUUACAGAUAAUUUGCCUACGAACAGUCAGGCUGCAAUUCAUUCAGAGAGAGUUUUAAUGCAGCAAAUAUCUACCUUUUUACAGCAAUGCAGAGAAUUGGAGGAGAGACAGCACUUUUGGCUUAAGCAUAAGAAGGAAGCCUCAUGGAGGGUGAAGCGGCUUGAAGAACAGAUUGAGUGUGAUAAAGCUCGUAAGCGCAGAGAAAAGAUUGAGGAAACAGAAUCCAAAGUGCGGGCUUUGAGAGAGGAAGAAAAGAUUUAUCUGGAUCGGCUGGAGAAAGAUUACAGAGAACAGCUUGCUCGAUUGCAUAAAGAUGAAGAAAUCAAGGAGGCAAGAGUCAUGGAAAUGUGGACGACCCAGCACGUCCAGCUUACCAAGUUCUUCGAUCAGAUGGUCCAUCCUUACUCUUACAAAUCUUAUGGCAGUCCUUAACAUUUCAUUAUAUUUGGAAUUUGCCUUUCUAGUUUUGGCUACACAUGUUUUAGGGCAAAUUUAACAGUAAUGCAUUUGUUAAUUGCAGAAUUUAAAUUUCUUUGAACUGUCUUCAUUGCAUGGCAAUCAAAUACUUUAUUGUUCAUGCCUGGCAAAGUGAAAUAUAGUGUAAUUAUGGAAGCUUCUGUAAGAAAUUUCUAUUUUGGUCACUCA